GACAUAAUGCUUACAAAAAAUUUGAAUCUCGAAUUCAGAAAAUCUUUAUUUUUGUUUCUAUUUGAAUAAAUAAAUAAUAAUUAAAGCUUGAUUAAUGAUUACCUACUUGGCGUUGAAACAAAACGGGAAUUCCAAGUCCAUAUGAUGGUUAUUACGUAGGUUUUAAGUAUUCGUCAAUAAUGGAUAACACAGAAGUACUAAACACCAGGCGUCUUGAACAGCGGAGCUACAGACAAUUACAGCAAAUGGCAAAAUCCCUUGAUUUACCUUCGAACUUUAAGAAAAUCUAUUUAAUAGAGCUAAUUGUGGCUAAGAAAUUAAAAACAGAUUAUGACGUGGAAAAUAUUAUCGACAGGGUGCGUCAAGAAAGGUUAAAUAAAUCGAAAGCUAAAAAGAAUUAUCAAUCUGCAAAGAUAAAGUUCCCACAAUGUCAUGUCACUAUGCACAAGAUUUCUGAAUCUAAUAACUCAGUUUCUCCACCAAUAACAGUAACACCCAAACGUAGCAAUAUGGAAUAUAGUUCAGAAAUAGUGCAAAAGGCCUUAGUCCCUAUCAAUCCGAAGAGAAAUAUUUUGCGCAAUAUGGUUGAGAAUUUGGAUAUAGAUACAACAGUGAAUACUAAAAGUGACCGGGUGCUCCGCAGUUAUAACAUGAAAUCGCUCAAACCUAAUUAUGCAUUAAUAAACAAUAAUAUACAUGAGUUAAAGACGCAAUGCUGUAGCCCAGAAAGGAAAAUUAAUAUUAUCACAACCAGAAACUUUUCACAGUUCAAUGUCAAAACUAAGAGUAUGGUGAAGAAGAGGACAAAAAGGCUCUCUGAUUCAAGCCCUUUCUCGACCCAGCAGAUCAUGGUAAUGCCUCGGGGUGUGGAUUUAUUAAGACCUGCAAUGCCAACACGGCGACAAAGAGCUAUAAGUGGCAUAUAUCCACUCAAUUGCAAUGAAAAUGUACCAAGUCAGACCACUCAACAGAGUGUAUGUCUCCGACAAACUGAUGGCAGUUUUACAAAAUUCAACGCCCUCAUACAGAAAUGUAACAUCAAGUUGAACAACAGUAACUAUAGAAUUAAAAAUCAAAAUGUAAAUAUACAGGAAGUCAUUCAUACAUCGGAUUUGUCUAUGGAAAAUAGAUAUUUGUAUCAAAAGCAAUAUCGUAAUACAGCUUCAGUUUUAAAAUCAAAAGAUGCAAGUUGCAAUACUAAAAUAACCAUAACUCAUGGUUCCAAAAAAAAUUAUGCUCCAAUGAAUGUACAACCAUAUAGAAACAUAACAUCAGAGUUGAGACUUCAAAGGAAAUGGGACUGUCAAAAACUGCCCAACAUAAAUGAAGCGUUCAACUUCAAUACAAGAGACCCGAGGACUAGAUCUAAACCAAAGUAUGUGGAUGUUGCUACAGAAACAGACAGCGUGCCAGGUGUUCCCGCUUACUCCAAUUCUGCUACCGUCACCAGUUCCUUGGAGCGUCUGUACAAUAUAAAGACGAUCACCACACAAUCCAACACAGAAGAGGGCCAGAAGCCUGCACAAACUCACUUGGUUUACGCCUGCCGCACAUGCCCUACUGCGGCGCUGUUCCCGUCUACGGUGCCCGCUGGCGAUGCUUUGAAUGUUCCUUCGCUUAUGUUUGAUACCAAUCAAUAUAUGUACGACUUGGACACGCGCUUCGACGAUGUGCCGCAGCUGCAGCCCACCUCGCCCACAGACACCGCAGACUUCAGUACUUCAUCUACGUUAGACACUGACUCGUCUGUAUUCUUCGAUAUGGAAGAUGCACUUGACAUUAUCAGUCAAGACGGGGAUUUCAUGGAACGUUUUGGAAUGAACACACAAAGUCAGUGCGUGAUUUGUACUUGGGCUGGUCCCACCAUCACACUCGACUGUCAUAUACGAAAGGAGCAUGCGGACUCCAUACACAAGCAGUGCAAGAACGAGUGGAACAUGACGUACACCCUGGGCAGCCUGGUGCAGAGCCGAGCCUGGCUGCACAGGGUCAUAGAGCACGACUCGUUGCUCUACUCGCUGAGCGCCAAGUAUGAGCCUGGCUGCAUUAAGACUAUGAUAUCUUUUCUGUCACUGGUAUUGGAACCAACAGUGAAAGUCGCUACAAUAACCUUGUAUAACAAAAUGACUGGUGAGCCGUUCUCCUGGACCGGUCAGAUACUCGCCUUGCCGGCCAAGGUGCCUUAUGAGAUUGACGACACCGGCUGUUUCACUGUAGACAUCACCAAACUUGAUCUGUUGUCAAACAAUCAGUUGCCAAUCGGUGCCAAAGUUGAUCAGAUAAAAGUUGACCAGUUACCAAGUGCCAACUUAAAGUUGAUGAACAAAGAAUUUGUUAAUGAAUUUCAGAACAAAAUUGUUGAUGACGAAUCUUCGUUAAACGACAUACAUGUUAUAGUGUUUAUUAGAAUUUAUGAUAUUUAAGUAUUUUGUUUCUUUUUUUUUAAUAUUUGUUUUUUUUUAUAUUUUCGUAGAGAUAGUUUAUAUUUACAACAAUACAGACUUUUCCUAACUCCUAACAAUGUUGUUGGUCAACGUUUUUUAAACAACAAUCAUAUUAUUGUUUAAAAGUUUAUUUUGUUACGAAGAUUUACCUAGUUUUUCAAAUAAAGAACAUAUAUUUUUCUUAUUAAUUUAUAUAGAGAUAAUAUAGACUUCUUAAUUUGAAGUUGGUUAACAGAGAGUUAGAUACCAAUCUCAUAACAAAGUUGUUUUGGGUCAACAUUUUUUAAACAAAAUUCAUAUUGUUUAUAACGUUAAAAAUAUUUUUGUUACAUUAAUUUUUCAAAUAAUACGUGUUUGUUUUUAAUUUAUAUACAGAUGAUAUUAUAAGUAACUUCAGUAUAAACUUCUAAGCUUGAAAUUGGUAAAUAGUGAGGUUACCGAAUCUCGUAACAAAGCUGUUGUAAAUUCUUUAUAACAAUUACAGUAUAAUUAAUGUAUAUAAGAUGUACAACAAUGUAUUUUGUUACGAAAAUUUACCUAGAUUUUCAAAUAAUGACUGUUUAAUAAUAAUGACGCAUUUUUUUGUUUAUAUAGAAAUAUAUCUCCUUAUAAAUAAAAAAUACGUGUCACUAUUAAUCUUUUUAACAGAGUUAGACCCCAAUCUAAAAAAAAAUGUUUUCAGAUAACCUUUUUAAAUCUUAUACAAUUAAACAAAUAUUAUUGUUUAUGAGGUAUAUAAUUAAAUUAUAUUUGCCCAAUACAAUGUGAUACUUAAAAUAAUUAAGUAGCUUAGCUUCCAUAAAUAAAAAAAGAGAUUAUAAACAUAAAGUUAGGAAACAUACAGUCUGAUAUUAUACCAAGUAGCUUAGCUUCUAAUAUAAAAGAGAUUAUAAAUAUUAAGUUGGAAACAUACAGUCUGAUAUACCAAGUAGCUUAGCUUCUUUAUAAUAUAAAAGAGAUUAUAAAUAUUAAGUUGGAAACAUACAGUCUGAUAUAUCAUUUUGACUUAGCUAUAAGCACUCGUGAGUCUGUGCCUUAAAAAUUAAAAAAAAAAUUGGAUCUCUAUUUUCUAAUAGCUUUAUUGUUAAGUAUAAGUCCUAAACUUGCAAUUGCAAAUUGUUAUUUUUAAUACUACAAAGUAAAAACUUUAGUGAGAUUAUAAUGACAAAGACAGUUUUCUUUUCUUUUUUAUUUACUUUAUUGUUAUUUUUCUACGAGAUUUCUUUAUGAAUCAUGUUGAUUAGUUGUUACUUUUGAUUAAUAAUAAUUUAGUUUGUAAGAUGAAUAGGUAGUAUGAAAUCAAUAGAUCUCUUUGGUACCUCAAUUUUGUACAGGGUAUUGUUAAAGUACAUUGUAGGUCAAAUAUUAAGUAAAAUUUUUAAUUUUUCAAAAACUCAUGUUUAAUUUUCCGUAUAAUUCAGUUUCAUACUAUCUUUCAUAUUUAAAUUUUAGAAGUUGUCCUAAAUAUCAACUUCUGAAUUUUAAACGGUUGAUCAUGAAAGAAUCGCAAUAAUUUUUUUUUUGCUAUUCUGUACCUAAUGAUCGACCGAUAAUCAUUUUGAUUCACUUUUUGUCUAUGAUAGGCUUGAUAUAUUACUUACUACAAGUAGAAUUAAGAUGUACUUAUUACCGCCUGGGCCUAAAAAGCGUUAAAGACAUAUCUCGUGAAGAGAAAUUAAAUAAAUAUCGACUAAUAGCAGAGUUGAAAUAUCGCAAUGUAACGAAAGCGCAUUCUUUCGUUGUGCUGGCACUUAACAGAGAGCUAUAUUUUCGAUUGCGUUGGUUGAAAUCUUUCGUUUACUAGUGUCGAGGUAUGUCGAGGUUUUAGCCUGCCCUAAGGCUGCCAGUCCACCAAAGCGGAGCGGGGCAGCGGAGCCGAGAAACGGAGGUUUAACAUGAUUGUACAUAUAGGAUUGAGCCUGUAUACAUUUUACCGUAACUGGUGUCUGAAUCGAUUAUCUUAUUUAAUUAACAUCUGAACGAAGAAAAAAAUUAAAAACUAAAAUGAUACAAUGUCACAAUUACAUAUUAUAUAUAAAAUAUAAAAAGUAUAUAAAAUAAUCGUGAAUGUCAUAAUAACUUUUUUUUUAUUGAUAAAUUAUUACAUUUUAAAUAUUGACCUGGGCUUCUCUUUUAGACUAUGAGGAAGUUUACUAUAUAUUUUUAUUACCAUACAAAAAGAACUCUUGGCACAUAUUGUCAAUCUUGUGGGGGCGUGGGGGGUCUAACCAAUUUAUUUUUGCCGCAUAUUCUCAGAUUUCCAUUGUUGGUGUGAACAACACAAAUCAAUAGGAUUGCAAAAAUCUCCGCUCCUCUUAAGUGGAGCUUGCGAGCUAGUUUAAAAAUUCAUAUAAAACCGGUAAGCGGAGCUGGGAAACACGUGCGGGAAAGUUUCUUCGGGAAGUCACUUCGUUCCGCUACGGUGACAAUACAAUACGCAACACAAUACGCAAUACAAAACUUAUCUCCGCAUUAGUCCGUUUCUCCGCUACACUCCCUUUCUCCGCUUUGGUGGACAGGCAGCCUAAAACUGACGUGCUAUGAUUUUUGUAAAUGUUUGUGCCAUGCCAUGAUUUUGUGUAAGUUAUUAUUAUACUACUGGACGCCGGCUGCUCCGUUCACGUUAAUUGAUUUUUUUUACAAAACCAUGGACUUUCGGGAUAAACAAUAUCCCAUUUUCUGCUCCAAUAUUUAAUCUAUAUCUAUACCAAAUUUCAUCCAAAUCGGUUGAGCCGUGAAAACGUUACAAGCUAACUUUCAUUGUUUUGAUUCUUGUUUUAUUAUUUAUUAUCUAUGUUCCCUAAAGUGAAUUGUGCUCAACUUUUAAACACUUUAAUAUAUUUGAACCAUGAAAUUGGUACUUUGUACUAAAUGGUAUUAGGUUUUUUGCCUGUAUUAUGGUAUGGUAUUAACACCAUUAUCCUUUUUUAUUUGAUUGAUUUUUGAACCAAAAAUUGGUUUGUUUAACUUAACAAUUUAAAAGCACAAAUGUAAAAAAGUUGAUUUGAGACAAAAAUAAAUUUCAAAAAUAUUU